AUAAAACGCAUAUUGUGCUACUCUGAACGUUAUGUUUGGUUUGAAAUAAAAUACCAGUAGUAAAUAUUGUUUAGCGCAAUCAAUAAGUACUAAAAAAACUUAUAAAAAUGAAAUUACCGCUCGGUACGGCCAACGUGAUACACAAGUAAAAAAAAAACAAUGAAAAAUAUUAUAUAAUGGUGAUAAUAAUAAGAUUUUAAACGUUUUUUUUUCCUUUUUUUUGCUAAAAAUAAUAAUUUUUAAAGUUAGUCAGAUUAAAAUGUAAAUGAACACAUACUUACAUACAUUUUUAAAUUAUUCUGAUAAAUUGGCGCAUAUUUUCGGAUGAAGAUAAAAUUUCACCACUUUUAAUAUCAUUUUUAAUUUAUGAAUGUUUGACGAAAGAGAAGAAAAACAAAUCAAGAUUACAAAAAAAAAAUGUGAAACGCAAAUCUGCCAUCGUUAUGGCUAAAACACAAACAAACAACCUUUAAUUUAGAUAUACAGAUACCUUUCUGUUUAGGAAGCUUAUAUUCGAAUUACAAAGAAUUGGCAAUAACCAAACAAAAGAAAAAAUAAAAGUAAAGUGAAAAAACGUAUCCAAAAAAAUAUUUUUACCAAAAAAAAAAAAAUAUAAGAAAAAAAAUUUCCCCCAAAAAGAAAAAGCAUUUAACAUCACAUUUUUAUUCGGCAAUCGGCAUUCAUGAUCACAUCACAAUUUCGUAUUGGCCAUCAACUGGAAAAGGUCAACUUUUAAAUUUUUUAAUUUUUAAUUUCAUUUUCUUUAAAAAUAUUUUUUUAAAGUUGUUAAGGAAAUUUCUUUCUUAGCUAAAAACAAAAAAAAAUUAUGUUAAAAUAUAAAUUUAAUAUUUUAUUAAUUUUAUUAUUUUUUAACAAUUCCAUUUAUUGUGAUAAAUUUAAUAACAGUACUAAUAACAAUAUCAGUACAACCCCAAAUAAAAAAUUUAAUAGAAAAAUUAUUAAUAAUAAUUAUCGGAAUAAUGAUGUCUAUUACGAUGAUGAUUAUGAUAUUGAUGGUAUUGAUAAUGAUCUUAAUGAUAUUGAUGAUAUAAGUUUUGGAUUAAAUAAUCCAGUUUAUAAUGUAUUAGAUUAUCCAUUGGUAGGACUUGAUCCAUUAGGUCCAUUAAGCAAUUUACGAGAAUUGCGGAGAAAAGAAUUUGCUGAAGAAAUUUUGUUUCUUGUAACAAAAGAUGGGAAUUUAAUAUACUCAGCAAAUGGUACAAGUACUGAAACAAUGGAAAUUAUGGGCUGCGGUACUGAUGAUAAUUUUACAGUUAUUAUACAUGGAUGGAGAGAACAAGCUGAUACAGAAUGGAUACCAAUUAUGGUAACUAAUUUUUCGAAAUAUCGCGGCGGAUGUAUAGUAAUAGUUGACUAUGGACUUUACUCUAUAGGACCCUAUUUGCGACUUGUUCAAAAAUACGAUCAAAUUACAUCAGUUAUUUAUAAUAAAAUGGCUCUUUGGGAAAGAAGCGGUUUAAAACCCUCUAAAAUUCAUAUGUUUGGAUUUAGUUUUGGUGCAAGAGUUGCUCUUGCAGUAGGAAGAAGAUUUGGUUCCAGUGUCAUCAAAUCUAUAGAUGCUUGUGAUAUGGCUGGACCCGGAUUUGAUAUGAAAUUUGGUAGUGUUGAUUAUAAAAAGUCAGCAGAGAACGUUCAAUGCAUUCAUACUAGUCGAGAUAAAGGUACACGUCAUUACACUGGAUGUCAUCAAAAUUGGCGAAUUGGUUAUUGUGGAUUUAAUCAACCAGGCGCCAGUGAUCCACCAUAUGGAUCACAUGGAUUAUGCCCUUAUUACUAUAAUCUUGCAUUUUCAUACGAUUUUAUGGCACGAAAAAAGCCAAAUUCUUGUAUAUCACUCAAUCCAGCAAGAUAUUGGCCAGAAAAAUUUAAAAUGGGUUAUAUGGAAGAAAGAAAAUCAGACGUAUUAGGUGAAUUAUUUGUGACCGUAUCAGCAAAUCCUCCAUAUGUCAAAUCAGGUGAAGUUAAAGAAAACAAUGAUGAACCCUAUACUUUAGCUUUAUUACCAAAUGAUAAUAUUGAUAUGAUAGGAAGAUUUAGAAGAAGACGACCUGUAAUGCAACAGUUAAGAAAAAUUCGACGUAAUAUUAUUGAAAGGAGGCGACGCUUUGCUUUAGCAUUACUAGAUUUUUAGGAGCAAAAUAUUGUCGAAAUAUAUUUGAAAGUUAUUUAUUAAGCCACCGAAAUCAUUGAUUAAAAAACCAUUACAUCACAUUUAGAAUCUUUGUUCGUUUAUAAAUUUUAGUAAGUUGUAAAACUUUAAUGAAAACUAGAAAUUAAAAAUUGAAAAA